AUGAUGCUCGGAAACCAAAACGUCGCUGGAUCAAAUCAGAGAAGUGGAGUAAGACGGGUAGUAGACAGAGUUUCCGUGCGUUGUGCUGCAAUGGCCAUGGUGCCAUGGGAGUCGAGCCUCAACUCUAUGCUCCCACCUCAAAAGCCAAGGGAGGUUGAUGGAGAUCAGGAGUUGCCGCCGGCUUUCCCAAUUGACGACCGCUUGAGGGAUGGAGGCGAGCCCCUACUGCCUGAUGAAGGCGAAAUGUGCCCACGAGCUCGUAUGGAUACUGGUGAAUCCCUGGAAACGCGACAAUCCUACUUCUCCAACAACAUGCCAACUAGGGUCAGUAUCAAUGCGCCGCCGAACCGGAUCUUGCACAACCGCAACAAUGUUCUUGUCGAAAACAUGAUGAAGGAGCUCUCUACGCUUCCAGGGAGGCGGCGGCUCGAGAAGGAGGUUGCUUCCCGAAGGCAGCCUGAUCCGGAUGAAGAACCCAAGAAGCCAGCAUCGCCCCAAAAGCAAGGGUGGAGCUUCGCAGGGCCGUGGUUCAGUCGGGCGACAGCCUAG